GUCCAGGUUCGCGACGUUAGAAUAAACAAUUGAUAGACGAUCGGGAAGCCAUGUUGUUGAUCAGUUCCAAGUCCGAAUUCUUUCUCGCGCUGUAAAGAAUAAAGUUUUGACGGUGAAAAGUGGUCGUUUAUAGUUAGGAUAUCCUCGGACUCGAGUGCGCGUAGUGAAAACGAAUUGUUCAAUUCUCCCGAAGAAAAGAUGAACGUACAUCGAACUGUUCUUUCUUCAUUACAUGGACAUCCAGGUGGGGAGGAAAUCAAACUAAAGAAGCAAUGCAGGAGUCUUUUCGAUUAUCCACGCGUCGGCAGGUCCCCAAAGAUGACGGAGCUCACUAGGACGGGUCGAGCUUUUGGCAUGAUAAACGUCCCGCGAGUUGGACGCUCGGACUCGUCCGAUUACGACGCCGCUUUCGAUCUCAAUUAUGACGAUAUGUCCCAUGAGGUGAAACGGCAGGGUUUGAUACCUUUCCCACGUGUAGGCCGGUCUCGCGACGCCCCUUCGUUGUCCUACGCGAACGAUGCCCUCAAAGUAGCGAAGGCCAAGCGUACGGGCGACGCCGUGUCGAGCGGCGGGAUGUGGUUCGGUCCUCGUUUGGGACGCCUCCACAGACGUGGUGAGGAGCCACAAGCGGAGGAUCAGCAGUGGGCCAUUUUGCCGAUACGAGAGUUUCAGGGCACCGGGGAGCAACAAUCGGAGAACCUUACGCCCAGAUUAGUUCGGGAAUCGGACGGUGAGGAAGCUCAAAGAUUCUCGAACACUGGAGGUGUCUACUAACUCAGCCUAAUUUGACCUAAUCUAAUCUGUGUUAACUUAACUUAACGUAAUCUAAUUUUGGGGUGUACCUAACGUAACGUGCCAUGUAUACCUGUAUGAGAUGUACGCUGUUUUUGCCCGAUAAUUGUUGUCUAUCGAAAAGAAUGUUAAACCUCGGCGCUAUCGAUGUACGAUAAAAUAUUAUACACCAAACGUGGUAAAUAAACUGGUAGAAAAAACAGCAAGUAAUAGAAAAAUCAACGUUAUCGGAUAUAUAUUACGCUGUUACUCCGUUUAACAAAAUGUCGUUCAUAUUGUAAUCUAAUACCUACUUGUUACACCAAAUUGCGAAUUUUAUUCAUUAAAAUAUCCUCGGCAUGCGUUGUAAUUUAUUUGUAUAUACAAUAUAUAUACAUAUAUAUACCCGUAUGUAUACCCGCUAUUUUUCUUACCAAUUUUUGGCCGGUCGUUGACUUUGAAUUUACUUGCGUAAAAUUCAGAAAAAUCAUUGACUUUCGUCUCCUGUAGCAGAUUUGCGAUUUUUCCUACGUGCGCAAAAUUUUCCGCAAACUUCAAAUCAUUCCAUUUCUAUUUAUGUUGGAAAUUACAGUCAAACGAUUUAUGCCCGCACUUUUAAUUGUACGACGAAUCGCGUAAAGUUUACUGUCGAAUAAUUGACUUGAAUUCAUUUUUUUUUUUUAACGAAUCACUGUUUGAAGAAAACGAAGAAAGUUUCAAGUACACGAUGGACGGGGUGAAUUUCAUUGCGAAAUAUCGCCCGGAUGCGUCAUGAUUCGUGUUCUACAGAAUCAUGAUUAGAUAAAAUUCAAUCAUUUUUUUUAUUAAUUGACAAAGCGUUCAUAGUAAAUACUGAUGUAUGUAUAGUAACAAAUAUUUACAUAUAAUAUAAUAUACAUAAUAUAUAUAUA